AUGCAGUCCCAACAGAUCAUCGUCUCCCAUGCCGCCCGGCUUCUUCAACUUCCCCUUGAGAGCGUGGACCUGGAGUCCAGCUUCGUCAACCUGGGUGGCCAUUCAUUGCUUGCAUUGGGGCUGGCCUCCGCAUGUAAGCGCGACGGUAUUGCCUUGACCAUGGAGUCUAUUCUCCUGAGCAGCAGCAUGGCCGAGCUCGUGGCUUCCGCCGUUGUUGAGGGUCCAGUAACGACCCAUGUGCCUGUCGUUUACCAACCAGCAACACCCCAGACGCGGUCAGCCCCUGUCCAGAAGGAUGUGCCUCGCAGCAACACAGCAUCUGCCCUGACAGAAAUGCAGAUGUCAUUUCUGCACAGCCACGAAACGACCCCGGGUUCCAACAUGAUCAACUUCUUCGAAACAUACGAGACGGCCCACCUGCCUGUCAUUAAAGCCGCCUGGCAGGCUGUCAUCCAGACCGAGCCCAUCUUCCGCAUGUCCUUCGAGUCAGAUGCCUGCCAUGAAACACCGUCGGCACCUUUCACAUGGACGGAAACCGUGGUCGACUCGCAGGAAGCCUAUGAUGCUGCCAUCGCGCGGGACGUUCACCCGGAUACCAUUCAGUGUGCAUUUGAGGUUGUGACAUUGCCUUCAGCAGGCAUCAGCACGGUCAUCUGGCGUGUCCACCACGCCUUUGUCGACGGGAUGUCUGGUCAGCUUGUCUACGGCAAAGUCCGCGAUGUCAUCAAUGGUCGUGCUAUCACCGCCGGUGCCCCAUUCGGCGAGGUGGCUAACCGACUCCGUGUCUUCCAACAGGAACAUCGCCAAAUUCACCAGCAAUUCUGGGCGCAGCAGCGGGAGAAGCAUCCCCAGCCUGCCGCUGAACUCGUUCUUCCUCCAGUCCGUGAAGAGAUGCCUGCGGGUAUCGACAAUGUCACUUUCAAUGUUCCCCUGGAAGAGAUCUCCACUCGUGCUCGUCAAAUUGGUGUCUCUCUGUCUGCCUGGUACCACGCUGCCUGGGCCAUGGCACUCUCUCUGUAUACCGACUCUGAUUCUGUUGUAUUUGGCACCGUCCUGGCUGGUCGUAACUUGCCUAUCGCAGGCAUUGAGGAUACCAUUGGCCCGCUGAUCAACGUGCUGCCCUUCCAUGUGUCCAUCGACCGCAAAUUGUCGACUGCGGAGUAUCUCCGUGCGGUGUUUGCCCACUCAGUCCAGCUGGCAUCAGUACAGAGUUCCGUCCCGGAUGACGGAUACACCCGCAACUUCACCUCUGCACUGGCGAUGGAGUUCGAAAUGCAGGCAUCUGACAGUCACGCAGUCCGACCCGUGAAGGAGUCAUGGUUCCGCGUCGUGCCCGACACUCCUCUGUCGAUCUACACGACAUACACUGGAACUCUGCGUUUGUGCUUCCGGCCACAACAGUUCCAUCGUGUGGACAUUCAGAUGCUUGCAGACCACUUCCAUCAUGCACUGAAUCUGCUUUUGUUUGAGCAGACCAUGGAGGGCUGCAUGAAGAACAUCCUGACCGACGACUGCAAGGAGACCCUCAUGCAGAUGGGGAACUGCCAGACUGACUCGACCUCCUUGUGCUCCAUCCACGACGACCUCGUCACGCUCUUCGAACGCGCUGUCCGCGAGACUCCCAACGGCAUCGCUGUGGAAAAGGCUGGCACUCAGUUGACAUAUGCGGAGAUGGAUCGACAGGCCAGCAUCCUGGCUGCAAAUUUGCAGAUUCAACCUGGCGAAGUCGUCUGCGUCUUGGCCGACCGGUCCAUCAACUGGAUCGUUUCUAUCUACGGCAUCCUCAAGGCUGGUGGCGUCUACUCUGCCCAGGACCCUGGUCUGCCCGACCACAUCCGCAACACCAACUUUCAGACAGCCGGUGGGAAGUUGUACCUCACGCCUGCCACGUCCCAGAAGCAUCUUGCUCCCGAAGCAUGCAACCUGUGCUUCUCCGUCGAGGAACUGAUCGCCACUAUCCCCGACAACUUCACUCCCCACCACCGAUCCGCACCCCAGCCCGAAGACAACGCCUAUCUAUGCUUCACCUCCGGCUCGACCGGCAAGCCGAAGGGAGUGAUGUGCCACCACGCCGGUCUCGUAGCCUUCCAGAAAGAUCUCGAGGUCCGACUCUUCGCCGCUCCUGGCCAGCGCAUCUCGCAGCUCAUGUCGCCCGCAUUUGACGGCAGCAUCCACGAGAUCUUCUCGGCUCUCUGCUACGGCGCUACUCUAGUACUGGCUGAUGGUGCCGACACGUUUGCCCACCUGAAGAAGAGCAACGCCGCCAUUCUGACCCCCUCCGUGGCCAAGAUCCUCCUGCCUGAGCAGUUCCCCGAGCUGCGCACCGUCUACCUCGUUGGUGAACCCGUGCCACAGUACGUCAACGACGUCUGGUCCAGCGCCACUACCCUCUACAACAUGUACGGCCCUACCGAAGCCACCUGCGGUGCUACCAUCCAACGUCUGCUUCCUGGCCAGCCCGUCACCAUCGGCGGCCCUAACGCCACCACGCGCAUCUACAUCCUCGGCCAGAACGGGCAGCUCCUCCCUCCCGGAGUGGUCGGGGAAAUCUACUGCGCCGGUGUGCAGGUAGCCAACGGCUACCUCGGUCGUCCUGAGUUGAACGCGGAGCGGUUCCUGCCCGACAACAUUGUUGCACGCCCAGGCGAGAAGAUGUACCGCACUGGAGACCGCGGCUACUUCAACCGAUUCGGCCAGGUUGAAUGUCUCGGUCGCAAUGAUCGCCAGAUCAAGCUGCGCGGUUACCGCACUGAUCUGAAUGAUCUAGAGAUCCGCGUUGCCAAUGCCAUUCCCGAAUCCACCGCGGUCGCUAUCUGCCCCAAGGACGAUUACCUCGUUGCCAUGAUCCAGCCGGUGACUCUCAAGGUCACUGAUGUCCGCCAGCGCAUGUCCCAGGUGCUGCCAGUGCAUGCCAUGCCCCGUCGUAUCAUGGUGGUCGACAAGUUCCCAAUGACGCCUGCUGGCAAGCUCGACUACAAGGAGAUCGCCAACCAGUGCACAGUGGUAGCUCAACCAGCCGCCAAGCGCACCCUCUCCAGCAAGACGGAGCACUCCCUUGCCGAGUUGUGGAAGGAUCUCCUCUCGCUGGGCUCAGACAGCGAUGCCCUCACUCCGGAAUCCAACUUCGUCGAGCUGGGCGGCCACUCCGUCAUGCAACUCCGUCUCGCCAGCAGAGUCUCCCAAACCUUCGGGGUGAAGGUGCCCGUCCCACGCAUCAUCCAAGCCGCGAACCUCUCCGAACUGGCCCAGACAGUGGACGGUCUCAUCUCUCAGAUCUCCUCCCCAGAUGCAUCGAUCAUCAAACCCCUCGGUCGUAACCGCGUGUCUCCCAUUGAGCGAGAAUGGCUGGAGAAGUACCAGCUGCAACUCGGCACGUCCGCCUUCAAUGUUACUUUCGCCUGCAAGAUCGACAGCACUAAGGUAGACAGCGAGCAUCUCAUCGCCUGCUGGAACGCCGUGCUCGCCCGCCACGACAUCUUCCGCAGUCGCUCGCACCUCGACUACCGCGGCAAGGGACCCCGACGCACCUACGCUCGCUACUGUCCGCAGGUCAUGCGCGUCCACGGCUUCAACCUCUGGCGCGAAGCCAACAGACCCUUCCACCCUGAUCGCCAGCACCCGAUCCGAGUGAUCGUCUCCAAGUCCAUGAUGCUCGUCGCCAUGAGCCAUCUCAUCGCCGACCUCACCACCCUACAGGUCAUUCUGGGCGAAGUGGUCCGUCUGUACCGCGGCGAUGGCCUCGGCCCCGUGAAGCGCAACUACCACGAGACAACGCAAUGGAGCUCCCAGGCAACCGCCAACGAGCGCGACUGGUGGGUGCGGUACCUAGGCAACACCACCGUCCAGCGGGAAGCCCUAUACAGCAUCCCCAACCUGACCCACCGCUCCAGCUACGGCGGCCAGACACACCUCGUCCGACUGGACCAGAGUCUCGCUACACAGGCCAUUCAAUACACCGAGACGAACAGCGUCACGCUGCACCAGCUAGCACUAGCCUCGGUGGCACUAGCCCUACAGUCUCAUCGCAACGACACGGACGUCGUCCUGGGUGGACCAUACUUCAACCGCGGACAGGACGAUCUCGACACGGUCGGAUUGUUUCUAGAACCCAUCCCUAUUCGUAUCCAGUUCUCGGCUUCGCGGGAUCCGACCGCCGCAUCGACCAAAUCCUUCGUUCGUGCCGUCCAACGGUCCAGCCAGUCGGCCAUUGCGCAUGCGAUUCCAUGGAACCAGCUGCUUGAGGCGGUGGGUGCUGCCGAGAUGACUGAUUUCCCGAAUCAUCCCUUGUUGGAUGUCAUGGUUACUUUCCAUGAUGAUCGCUCGUCGCCGAAGUUGCCGGUCGAGGGACUCGAUCCGUUGGUUACGUAUACGAAGGGGUCGAAGUUUGCGUUGUUGGUGGAGUUUUGUGCCAUUUCUGAUCGAACUAUUUUGAUGCGGCUGGAGCAUGAUACGGAGUGUAUUGAAAAGGAGAAGAUUCAGGGCGUGGAGAAGUUGAUUUUGGAGGCGUUGGGGAUGAUUGUGUCUGGACAGGGGUAUGGGGCUAUUAAGGAGAGGAUGAGGGGGAUGGCGGGAAGUGUUGGGGGAGAGAAUAAGAAGGUGGAGAGGUACUUUGGCAAGAGAUUGACGGAGCUGAGGAGUGAAUAG